UUUGUUCCGGUUUCGGUUUGGGUGUGGUGGAGGAUCUCUGGAUGAAGAAAGAGUCCGGUGUUAGUGCGGGUUGCUGGCCCUUUAAAUCUGUCUGUUAUUUCUAUCAUUCUUUUCAAUGUUUAGUUGUGUUUUAAUUUUGAAGAUAAUGACCAAACAUUGAGGGGGAAAUAUUAAGGAAGGGAAGAAGAUAGCGCGACAAGCCGAAUUAAGGCUAGACAACAACCAGUGGACUAUAGAGGAGCAAGCGGUCUCGAUACAGUCCCUCUGACAGAUUGAAGCAUUGCCUGUAUAGGAAUAUAAGGAGUAUAAAGAUGAGUGAGCUGGAACAGUUACGGCAGGAGGCGGAGCAACUGCGGAAUCAAAUUAGAGAUGCUAGGAAGGCCUGUAGUGAUGCAACCCUCGCACAGAUUACUGGAAACUUGGAGUCAGUGGGACGAAUUCAAAUGAGAACACGACGUACUUUGAGGGGGCAUUUAGCUAAAAUCUAUGCCAUGCACUGGGCAUCUGAUUCAAGGUUAUUAGUGAGUGCAUCUCAGGAUGGUAAAUUAAUUAUAUGGGACAGCUAUACAACAAACAAGAUGCACGCCAUCCCUCUGAGGUCCUCAUGGGUCAUGACUAGUGCAUACGCUCCUUCAGGAAACUAUGUUGCUUGUGGUGGACUGGAUAACAUAUGCUCAAUAUACAGCUUGAAAACAAGAGAGGGAAAUGUGAGAGUCAGCAGAGAAUUACCUGGCCACACAGGUUAUUUGUCAUGCUGUCGUUUUCUGGAUGACAACCAAAUAGUCACAAGCUCUGGAGACACAACCUGUGCACUUUGGGAUAUAGAAACUGGCCAGCAGACUACCACAUUCACCGGACACACAGGGGAUGUUAUGAGUCUCUCUCUCAGCCCUGAUAUGAGGACGUUUGUUUCUGGUGCUUGUGAUGCUUCAUCCAAACUGUGGGAUAUUCGAGAUGGAAUGUGUAGACAGUCAUUUACAGGACACGUAUCUGAUAUUAAUGCUGUCUGUUUCUUCCCCAAUGGGAAUGCAUUUGCUACUGGUUCUGAUGACGCCACAUGUCGACUCUUUGAUUUGCGUGCUGACCAGGAGUUGAUGAUGUAUUCUCAUGAUAACAUUAUCUGUGGAAUUACAUCAGUAGCUUUCUCUAAAAGUGGCCGCCUCUUGCUGGCAGGUUAUGAUGACUUCAACUGUAAUGUCUGGGAUACCUUAAAAGGAGAACGAGCAGGUGUCCUUGCUGGUCAUGACAACCGGGUUAGCUGUUUAGGAGUCACUGAUGAUGGUAUGGCUGUAGCAACAGGAUCUUGGGACAGUUUUCUCAAAAUCUGGAAUUAACAGUGGAAAAAAAAGCUAACCUACACCUCUCCAUAGUGAUCUGGGGAGUCAAAUGCUGCAGCCUACAGCUGUGAAUUAACUUACUUUCUACUCUGUAUUUGCAGGUGUUAUUUUUUUUAAUUCACCAAUUACAGUUAUACAAAAUGGCUUUCUGUACAGUAGUGAUACAUUGAGAUGAAGUUAUAAAUAAAGUUAAAACUACCACUGACUUUUGAAAGGGGCUAGCUAGCAUUCAUCACAAAGGUGACUGAAAUAUCUGCAGCCAGUCAUCACUGUUCUUCUACGUUUUGACUGAUUUGUUUUAAGGAUUUCUCUGCUUGUAUCUGUCUGCGAAUUCUGUACUUAUUUGUACAUAACAGAAUGUACACACAACAGCAACCAUGUAACAUUUGUCUGUAUGUAAAGAAACAAGUUUAUGCAUUUUUUAAAAAGAAACUACAUUUAUAGUAUUUAACCUGAAACGUCACAGUUUUGGAGUUUGGUAGUGGAUGAAUUUGAUUGUUUUUAAAAUUUCUUUGUGAAUUAAUUGUGGAUAGACUUUAUCUUAUGUGUAUCAGUAACAGAAAGCUGAUGAUUUUUUUUUUUCACUUAAUUAGAGUAAACCCUAAUGGGGCUCUUAGAUUCAUCCUGAAUCCUGGCACAUUCCUGCACUUUAAACUAGGUGGGAGACCUAAUACCUCUGACACUUUAGCUCUGUUUUAAUCUAAACACAGCUUUUUCAUGGACGUCAGAUGAAAAUGUUUUCUUGUGGUAUUCUAAUGGGGCAGGCUUUCUUGAAAGCAAUUAAAAAUGGUGAAAUCUUAAUAUAUAGUGUACAUUCUGACAGGCAAAUUCGCAUGAACAGUAAUCAAAUUAGUUUUUGUAAAGUGGGCCAAGUAUUUUAAUUUAGCAAGCCAGUGAGUGAAAAAAGUGUUCAGUGACUGUGCAUUUUUCAUGCCUCAGUGGGUAUGGAGUUUAAUCAUGACAGCAUAAACCCUGUAUAAAAGAAAACUUUUUCACAUUUAAAAAGGCAAUAUUGAGCAACCUUAAGGUAUUUACAUUAGUUUUUCAUUAUUUUAUUGUGUUAUGAAAAGUGCACAUGCAUUUAGUGCACCAUGCAGGUUUCAAAAAUAAUAAAGUAAUAACUUUGAUGUAGUGCAGCUGUCAGGGAGUGUAACUAGUAUAUUAAGUAUUUCUGCCCCUUGUAAGAGGACAGCAGUCAUGUUACCCCCAACACAGUGAUUAAUUCAGAUGCAUUAUGUUGUAUGUUUUUUUAUAUUUUUAUGUUGCUUUAAAGCUCUUAAGUGUAUGUUAUUACUAAAGUGUAGGUGUGUAAGUUUAACAGUACUUUAAAAGGUAUUUAAUUGGCAACCUGCUUUUGUUUGUUCCCCCAAAAAAUGCUACUGUAAUUUACUUUAUGCGUUUGUAUGUCCUGUGCAUUUAGAGGACAGGGCUUUAUUGCAUGAGCUUGCUGAUGUUUUAAGGGUAGGUUGCCCAUUCUAUUUGGCAAAGAAAAAUGUUCUUUGACUUAGUCUAGGGUGACUUUGGUGGGCAUGAAAGGUGUUCUGGGUGGAAUUGUGUCUAGCAAAAUAUGUACUGUUUUUUGUAAUAUUUUUACAGCAGAAGCAUGUAGAGAAAGGAGGCAUCCUGUAGUCUCUAAGUACGUAUUCUGCAUCUUUUAUUUUUUUUAAUUUAAACUGCAGUAACCUUUUACAGUACCACUAUGUGAAACUUCUAACUUAAAUUUAAUUAGCAGCUUGAUUUGUAGUAGGCUACUUGGAGAUAUGAAUGAUUCGUCACAUGUAGAACUUAACAUCCUUCAAGAUUUACUUGUUUGUAACACUUAGCUGUUUUUCUAAUAAAGAAAUUCCCCAUUGAGAAAGGGGUCAGCAAGGCUGUUUAUGUGUAGGUAUGUGGAGUGACACACUGAUUUGGAUUUGCUUUUCAGCUGUAACACUUCACUUUUUUCACUGAUUUUCAACUUAUCAGUGCAAGACUGCGUAUUUUUUGUUUGCCAGUCUGAAAAUUGUAAUGAUGUGUCUUGUUACAUAGGAGUUGAGAAGCAGCAUGAAAGAAUUCAAGGGAGUUGCAUCUAAAUCUCCUCCUGAAACUUCCUUGAGCAGAAGCACAGUUUUACCAUCUUUCUCUGUUAUUAGUUCUCUGAAACUUGUUCAGGAUGCUCUCUGGAUGUCAUUUGUAAAGUGGAUUUAUUUCUUAGUCUGAUCCCAAAGUUAACCAUGCUGCCCUACUUGGGUAAUGAAGCAAGGAGGCUAAGCCCAUAAAUUUCACAUUGUCUGCAUUUAAACUAGCCUUACUUUCCCUUUUAGUCUGUUUGUGUAUAAAGUACUUAGUUGUACAUUUCUUUGUUUUUUUGUUGUAUUAAAUAGAUACUUGGUCUGAUUCUUAUGUCUGUAACACCCUUACCCUUUCUUCUUUGUGGUACAGGUUGGCUGUAACGUUUUGCCAUUAUAGGUUGAACUAUAUGUUAGAGUCACUUAAUAUUUUCUUUCAUACAUAUCAGUAAUUUAAAUGUGUGCCAUUAAUCAAAACUCUGCCACCUCAUCAGUCCUUUUCCCUUCCCAGUAGUUACAUAAAUGUGAAAGAUGCAGUUUAAUUUAACUGGAGUUGGACAGAUACUUCAGUAUCUUUAAGACGUGUAUUACGCUUCUUAUCUAUACUUCCCUUAAAUUACAAUAUGAUCGCUUCUCGGUCAUUUUGCCAAGAUCAGGUGUAAUAUCCCCCUGCAUGAAAGGAGAGAGAAUUGGUGCUUAGUGUGGAAAGAAGUGAAAAUGAAGAACUAAGAUUUAAUCAGCCUACUAUUGUUCCUUUUCAUCAAGAGCAGGCAUCCAUUCAGUCCUUUGGAGAAUCAUCUGCCCACUUGGUAUGCAUAAAUGGUGUGCGAGCUAAAGUAGUUAGAGAGUUGUGAAGCUAACAUUUGAGGAAGAAAGUAUUGGUGCAUAUUGAGUUGUGAGAAGACACCACAAUCCCUGAAUCACUGUAAGCUCAGGUUCUUUGUCAUCGUUAAUAAUACUCAGAAUUUAAUUUUUAUUAUAAGCAGAUAUUCCUUUCUGUAUUUGAUUGAUUAAUAAGGUUUUGAAAGCAUCCCAGGCAUAUUUAGAGUUGUACUUUAAUUUUAGUGGCAUGUAAAUAAUUUUAUUGUGCCAUGAGGUAUGGCAAGGGAGAAGGCAACAAAACUUUGUGAACACAGUUUUCAUACAUUUAAACAUUAAAUAAAUGAUGUAUGUAGCUUGAGCUAUAUUACUGGACCAGAACACUACACAACCAAUUAGGAGAUGUUGGGCAACAUUUUUUAUUUGCAUGCUUUUGCGUUAUAUAGUUGUCUAUUGUAGCAUAUCUCAAAAUUCAUUUUCCAUGUAUUCCCAUACCUGCCAUAUUCAGUUUUAAAAUUACCUGGUUUGCAACUGGAGCAGUUAAGUAUAAGUAAUUUCAGUGACAAUUCAUGUAUAGUGUUCUCCUUCUUUGUAAGUAACAGUAACUGAAUAAUUUUGUAAGUGAUGGUGUUUUGUUUUUCCAUUUGACCUUAGCUGUACAGUAUUUUUAAAAGCUUUAUGAAAAUGUAUUAUAUAAACUAAGUGCAAGUACCUUGAUAUUAUAGUAACCUGUAACCUCUCUGAACCAGAUGUUAAAGGAAAAGAGUGAGUGUCAUAGGGGUACCAUAUUUGGGAGGGGGGGGGGGUGGCUGGCAACACAUACUGAUUGAAAAAUAGUUUUUCAUACAUAUGUUCUUGAAUGAUGAACAUGCAGUGCACACAGCAUCUCAUCACUAUUGGAGAAAAUACUUGAAAGGAAAGAACACAGCAGUAUAAUUGUAAUUCAUACAUUUUGUUUUGGAAUUUUUUUUUUGAAAACACAGUUUCAUUUAGCAGAGGUGUCACACUGUAUCUUAUGUAAUGAUUGUUUGAGCUGAUUUUUGUUAAGCUUUUGCACACGGGAUUGAUACAUGUGUUGCCAAAACUGUUCAGUUUUAGUCUUUUUUGCUUGAUUUUUUGGGGGGAGGAAGGCAGGGAUUGAAUUUGUGCCUACAAAAAAAAAAAGUAAGCUGCAACGCAGCUUUUUUUAACUUUAGAAUUCUUGUGCCAUAAAAUAAUUAGUCCAAAGUCUGUAUGUAUGUGUUCUAAGGCUGCCCGUAUUGUACUGCAAAGCAUCAUGACUUAUAGUUGUCAGUAGCCUUUAAAAACAUGCUUGUUUUCAAAAUGGAUGCUUCUUUCUUCAUGCAAGUAAUGUGCCUAAUACAUUCAUGUAAAUAUCAACAGACUUGCUCAAGCCAGAAGUAAUGAUGUAACAGUUCUCAUGAAUGUAUGAUAUUAGCAUCAAACUGAGGCCACACAAACCUUUUGUUGGUUUAUUCUGUGCACCUUAAUCCUGAACAGCUGUAGAAGUUUUCCAGAUAGUGCAAAACAAUGUAUUUCUUGUAAAAAAAAAAAUAGUAUUAGUGUGUAAAUGUGCAUUCAGAUGUAUUGCUAAUCAGUAUGAAGUAUGCACACUAAAUGUGCCUGCCAAAUUCAGAUGGUAUUUUAAGCUUAUAUAUAAGGCUUUUAACUAGCAUGUGUAUCAGUCUCGUAGUUAUUUGGCAUUUACUCAGUGCUGCUUCAGUAGCCUCUGAUGUAAAAACACACAUACUAUACUCUAGUAGUUCCCAAGGCCACUUGACGUGGGUGGUAGAUUUCCUGAUCCCACAUUCAUCAGAAGUAUUGUAUCUUCCUGUCCUUCUCCAGCCCUAAAGAUUACAGGUGAGGUAUGCCAGUAGCCUUCCUAAGAAAUUGUAUUAAAUACAUGUAUAUGAUUAUGUAAAAGAAAAAAAAAUUAUCCAGAGCUGCCUCUGAAAGCAUUUAAUGUAUAGCUUCCUUUCCAUUUGUUUAUAUUAGUGUAUGACAUUUCUUCUGUUGCUAAUAAAUCAGACUGGAACUUUAAAGGAAUGCAGUCAGCCCACUCAUUUUCAUAGUCAUCUGAAAUCAAAUAAAAAGUAUACUCUGAUUAGUAGUGAUGUUUGUAUAUUUGAAAAUGGAAAUGUACUAGAAUCACUUCGCAGAUGAGCACUCAUUUCAAAUUUUAGUUCGAGACAUUUUUAUUUGAUCCCUAUGUUUUGACACAGUUAAAGGUGAUGGUGUCACCUUCACCUAAGUAUAUACACCACUGUGUUUUGGCCACCAUAGCUCCAUAUAAUAUAUCAUAGCCUGUACAUGAUUGGAUGGGUUUAUUUAUUUUACUAAACAGAGAAGUCAUGGAAAAACAGAUGUAAGGUAGAUCAGACUUUGUUGGGCUAUAGCUACAUUUAACAGGGUUAUUUAUAAAUGCAAGCAAUGCUUUGUGGUAUUACCUAGUAUUAGAAAAAUCUAUGCAUUUUUUCUUACCUAAAUUAUUUAUAUGCCCUUUAAGCUGCAUUUGACCAAGUCAUUUUACAAUUUUUCAGAAAUUAAAAAGGCAUUUUCAUAACACUGAAAGGCCUUGUAAGUCAGAAGGAAAGUAUGCCUUGUGCUACUGCUGUGCAGGACACCCUGGGUUGCAUUUAUCUGCCGAGUCACACCUCCAUUUGCUGGAGUUUAGGUAGCACUGCAGAAACAGCCUAUCCCAACACUUGCACAUAGACCCUGAAGCUGUAUGGGAACAAGCAGACUGUUAAUACUUUUGUAGCAAAGGCAUAUUAGUUUUUAACCCAGUUUGAAUAAGGUAAAGGACAGAAGUUGCACAGUGUGAAUAUUUGUCUUGGGGAUGGGGGAGCAGCUUACAACUGUAGAUAUGUACAACGGUUCUGUUUCAACAGUGUAGUGUGCCUACGUGCCAUAGUUGACAGCGGGCUUUAAUAGUGUUCCUUUAAAGACUCCAAUGUCUGUCCAUUUAAAAAUAACUCGUCUUCUGUUCCUUUUAUAGUAUAUCCAGUGGUGGAAACUGAACUGCCUUUGUAUCUUUGAGAUGAUCAAGAACAAUAGUCUUAAAAGGUAGAUUUCAGCCAGUCCAGGAACUUGUGCCAUGCAUUUACUGCAACUGUGCUAUUGUAUAAAGACUUUAUAUGUGGAAUUAUAAUCACUCGCAGUGAGUUAACUUCUGUUUAUAGUCUUUUUUUUUUUUUUUUUCCACACCAGAAUGUUUUUCUUUGAAUUUGUACAGUGGCUCAGUGAAUAAUCUGAUGUGUUGCAAUGAAUUGAUAUUGUAACCAAUAAAAAAAUGCUUUUAA